AUAACACAAGCAAGCAGACCAAAUAAAAGGCUGGUUUAUUUUUUUUACAUGCAUUCAAGGCCCCUUUCUGGCAUCAAUACCAAAGUGAAUUCUUUGCAGGAGCAGAGAUUUACAUCUUAGUCCACAUGCUUCAUACAAACAGGGUGUUUAAUAUAAAACUGGAAUCAAAUGUUCAUGCUCAGCUGACUCUGAGGGAUGUAGACAGAGCAUAUAAGACAAAUGGAAUCAUAGACCAGAGACUAGACUAGAGUAUGUACUCUGUAACCACCUCACUAUCAUUAUGACCAAAUAAAGGUUGGCCAGUCUUGAUGAAUCAUCUCAAACAUUCUGAGCUGUAGCUGUGUUUACUCUAUUAACAUGAAUAUCUCUCUGUGUGUGCGCACGCACGCGCACGUGCGCUCUCUCACACACACACACACACACACACACACACACACACACACACACACACACACACACACACACACACACACACACACACACACACACACACACACACACACACACACACACACACACACACACACACACACUUUCUCACUCACACACACUUUCUCACUCACUCACACACACACACUUUCUCACUCACACACUUUCUCACUCUUGCUUGCUAGCUCUUUCUCUCUCAAUUGUGGCUACACAUUGAGCAUGUUUAACUAUUGUAAUGGCCAUUUUUAUGUUUGUGCUUUUCUUUUUACCCCUUUUUCAACCACAAUUUCAUGGUAUCCAAUUGGUAGUUACAGUCUUGUCCCAUCACUGCAACUCACGUAUGGACUCACAAGAGGUGAAGGUCAAGAGCCGUGCAUCCUCCGAAACAUAACCCAGCCAAGCUGCUUCUUGACACAAUGCCCGUUUCACCCAGAAGCCAGCCGCACCAAUGUGUCGGAAGAAACACCGUACACCUGGCGACCAUGUCAGCGCGCAUGCUCCCAGUCCACCACAAGAGUUGCUAGAGCGUGAUGGGACAAGGACAUCCCGGCUGGCCAAACCCUCACCUAACCCGGACGACGCCCCAUGGGUCUCCCGGUCGCGGCGGGCUGCGAACCAGGCUCUGCCACUGCCACUCGGGAGGCCAUGUUUGUGCUUUUGUAAUUACCAAUUUCUGUGUUCAUGUAAGUGACUGAUUGAACGCCUGGAAGAAAUCCUCACUGUAAUAUCUGCAAUUUGGCAGUACGCCCAGACCCUUGUUUUGAGAACGAUUCCAUCAAUAGAACACCCUGCUCAUUGUUUUUGGCAAGGUCCUUGGCACGUGCCCCAACCCCCCUACCCUCUUACUGGGCUGUUAUGGGUGGUAUGUCCACACAGAAAAAAUGGACCCUUCCUGUGAGAGACAAUCACACUGUGGAGCUGCAUGUCUGUUAAAGUGGCUGGUCUGCUGUAAGUCAUCAGGGUGUCAGAGGUACAGCGUCGGGUCCAAAAUAACUUUAGCCAUAACUAUAACCACUUGGGAUCGUCACUAUACUCUUGGAAAAAAGGGUUCCAAAAGGGUUCUUUGGCUGUCAGCAUAGGAUAACCCUUUUUGGUUCCAGGUAGAACCAUUUUGGGUUCCAUGUAGAACCCUCUGUGAAAAGUGUAACCAAAAGUAUUCUUUCUACUUGUAAUCAACAAUGGUUUUUCAAUGGGUUCUCUUAUGGGAACAGCCAAAGAACCGUUAUAGGUUCUAGAUAUAGAUAGCCCCUAUCUAGAACCUAAAAGUAUAGCUUCGGUGAGUAGAAUGUGUAUAAUAUGGGAGAGUGAAUAAGGUACAGUAUGUGACAGAGUAAGGUAUGUGACAGAGUAAGUGCAAGUGAAUUCAAUAAAUUCCGAAAGGCCUUAACAGAGUUAUUGUUAAGGAGGCCCAAAAUGUUUCAGGGGGUUAAGUGCAUGUAAGAAGACAGAGGGGGCAAGCCAAGUGACAAACAAUAUCCAAUAAAAUGUCUGUGGUUAGUCGAGUCUCUGUCUAUUCCCCAGUUAAAACCCAGCGUGGUGAUUGUCUCCUCACUCUGAGCUCAGCCACCCUGCUUCAGUGUUGACUCUGGCCUUGAGCAUCCAGAACAGGGACCGGAGAGCCGAGUUGAUCCGAGCCCCUAGGCCCUGCCCCCCCAUCAUAUUAGAAUACUGCCUAACAAGAACAAUCUGUGUGGAGCCAAGGAGCCCAGUCCUUUUCUGGGAAGCAAGGCAGCCAGAGAGGGAGGGGAGGAAAGGAGAGUAGAGGGGGAAGGAGGGAUUUGUCCCGAUGGCAAAGAACUUUACGUUUUAUUUUUUUCUGUGCCGAUCAGAGAAACCUCCAGUCUGAAAUCUGAAACUGUAGAAUUAAAGUUGGAGGAGGUGAGUCAGGCACGUUUUCUCAUGCUCUCAGUUCAUUUACCCAUCCAUUUCCCUCAAACUCAUCCACAGUUCUAGAGGAGCCUUUUCUGUGUGUGACCACUUCUGUGGAUGGUCCUAUAGGAGAUGACGUUCCUCAUGGCACUUCAUCUGAUUGGUCUGUUGGUGACGCUGUGGUCCAGCAGCCCCAGUCUGGCCACACCCCUCCCUUUCAACAUUUCAUUGGAGGGAAGUGCAGAGGGGGAGGAGCUAGACAGCCUCAUUGACACGCCUUCCCCACCUGCCACCAGUGGCCCUGCCUCGGAGUCCUCAACCACCUCACAUGGCUACACCCAUGUAGAGCACUUCUUGCUCAGCCAAAUGGUUCACUUCCUGCAGGAUAACCUGUUCCUCAUCCUAGUUCUCUUCACACUCUUCAUCACUAUCUUCCUCAUCCUCUGCUGUGCUUGCAUCAUGAGCCGCAAACGAAAGAUCAAUGCCUACUACCCCUCGUCCUUCCCCUCUAAGAUGUACGUGGACCAGAGGGACAAGACCGGAGGUACCAAGCUUUUCAACGAGUUGCCAGAGAAACCCUCCAACCGGCAGCAGGCUGAGCCAGUCGAUUCCAGCAAGAAGCUCCAUCAUGACAUCAUGAAGGCAGCCAAGAACCUCCGUACUCUCUCCAAGCCUCCCCUGGGAGAGCAAGAGGGAAAAGACCCCACACAGAUAUCUGCAGCAGAGAAUAGUCAUGAGGUGAAUGUUCAGGCUGUGGGAGAAAUAAUAGAGAAAGACAAUCAGCCAUCAAAUCCACCAGAGCUGAGUGAGGAGGAGGUAUGCCAGCUCUCAGUCAAUGAAGCCCAACAUAGCAGCUGCCCUGAGCAGUCAGAAAUCCUUCCGGAACAGACAGGCCUAAAAAAGGAUGAUGAGUCAUUCACAUGAGCUGAGUCUCCAUCUGGCCAAGGGCACUCACAGGCUCAGCAGGAAAAGGACAGGCAAGAGGACUCCACUGUCACACUCUCUAUUCCGUUGAUCACUGGAGAGAAAACAGCACUUUUGCUAUGCUCUCGCACUGUUUGAUCUCAAUGGUUUGGACCAAUUUUGCAUGAGUGACAAUCUUUAAGGCAAACCUGUCAGCUUUGUUUACUGCUCUUUGGAUUUACCAAAUGUCUGUCUGUUCAGUUAUAUGUAAUCAUAUACUUGAUUUACUUCUGUUUCCCAGUAGCCAUCUUUCAAUGUGUCUCCCUAAAGGGUUAACACUAUGUAACCUGCCAUCUUUCAAUGUGUCUCCCUAAAGGGUUAACACUAUGUAACCUGCCAUCUUUCAAUGUGUCUCUCUAAAGGGUUAACACUAUGUAACCUGCCAUCUUUCAAUGUGUCUCCCUAAAGGGUUAACACUAUGUAACCUGCCAUCUUUCAAUGUGUCUCCCUAAAGGGUUAACACUAUGUAACCUGCCAUCUUUCAAUGUGUCUCCCUAAAGGGUUAACACUAUGUAACCUGCCAUCUUUCAAUGUGUCUCCCUAAAGGGUUAACACUAUGUAACCUGCCAUCUUUCAAUGUGUCUCCCUAAAGGGUUAACACUAUGUAACCUGCCAUCUUUCAAUGUGUCUCUCUAAAGGGUUAACACUAUGUAACCUGCCAUCUUUCAAUGUGUCUCCCUAAAGGGUUAACACUAUGUAACCUGCCAUCUUUCAAUGUGUCUCCCUAAAGGGUUAACACUAUGUAACCUGCCAUCUUUCAAUGUGUCUCUCUAAAGGGUUAACACUAUGUAACCUGCCAUCUUUCAAUGUGUCUCCCUAAAGGGUUAACACUAUGUAACCUGCCAUCUUUCAAUGUGUCUCCCUAAAGGGUUAACACUAUGUAACCUGCCAUCUUUCAAUGUGUCUCCCUAAAGGGUUAACACUAUGUAACCUGCCAUCUUUCAAUGUGUCUCCCUAAAGGGUUAACACUAUGUAACCUGCCAUCUUUCAAUGUGUCUCUCUAAAGGGUUAACACUAUGUAAC